AUGAGCAGCACGCCAGUGUUUGCCGAGUCGCCAGGCACGUCGCCGAUGGACGACGGCGUCCUGCUCGAGCUGGAAACGUCCCCCGACGACGCUGAGAUAAAAACGACGACGACGACGACGCACACGUACCGCCCCGACGUGGACGGUCUCCGAACACUGGCGGUCGUUCCCGUCCUCGUCUUCCACGCGUACCCCUCGUCGCUUCCCGGUGGCUUUAUUGGUGUCGACAUCUUCUUUGUGAUUUCCGGCUUCCUCAUCUCGGGCAUUCUCUUCCGCGAGUGCCAACUCGGCAAGUUUACCUACGCAGG